AUGCAAGGUGACAAUAUACCCUCCCCAGCAGACAGUGCGGGCGGCGAUUCUGAGGAGUGGAAUGGUCCUUAUAUCACGUCAAAGACAGAGACUCAGCAGGGUCAGGCCAAGACUCACCGUCUUGCAUCUGUCCCUGCGCCUCCAUAUAUGAGUUGUGGCCUGAAGCGGCGUGAUGCUGGAAGGCUGUUUGUUGAUGCUCUAAGGCAUCACUCGGGCCAAGAUUCAGUAUCUUAUAUCAGUGAGAGAGACCCAAACGCUGAUACAGGCGUUUCCAGGAUAAUUGUCAGCGAUGAAGCAGCAAUUGCCAUUUCGGCUGCCGUAACAGACAUCCUCCACUCCUACGUACAAAAGGUAAAGCAAAUAUUCUGCACCAAUGAAGAUCAAAAAACAUAUCACACAAAGGCCAGUCUUGAGGCUGCUCUGGUAGAACUUCAACGAGAAAACCCUGCUAUAGCGCGGAUGCUGGCUCCUGUAAGCCCAGCAAAUAGGUCUAAGACGCAGUAA